AUGGCUGAUAUGAAUUCUCUCUUCAGCAAUCCUCGUAUUUUUCAAGAUCCUUUGAGUUUUAAUCCAGAGAGAUUUAUUGAUCCAAAUGGAUCGUUGGUCAACGAUAAGCUUGUGAUUCCAUUCAGCGUAGGAAAGCGAGGCUGUCCUGGAGAAUUAUUCGCAGAUGUGACAGCUUUCUUAAUGGCGAUGAAUUUGAUUAAAAAAUACAAACUGAGCACCGUCCCUGGAGAACCGAAGCCUAAACUGGCCAUGCACAUUGGGCUGACUUCUUGUCCUCAUGAAUUCUCAAUGCUUAUGACAAAACGACAAUGAAUUUUGAAAACUAUAGUUUUGCAUAAAAUUGAGCAAUGACUGAAUGGAAUUAUGGAUUUAAGUACAUAUUUGAUGAACUAAUAAAUGAGAUAUCGGCG